CCGACUGAGCUUCCGCCGCUGCUCGGAGGAGGGCGCGAUUGCUCGCUGCCGCCUCAGCUCAGAGCGAGUCGGCCCGCUUGGCCCCUCGGUGCGCGCUUCGCACAGAGGUAAAAACGGUCUUCGGCCUCUUUUCGGGCACACCAGCGCGAGGUAUGGCGGGCGAACCACCGUUCCAGAUGCUGCGGGGCCAUCCCUACCAGCGCCUGACCCCUGGCGAAGGAGAAGAGCCGCGUCGCGGGCCAUUCGCCAGCAUGGGCAACUGCUGCUUUGGCUUCAGGGAAAGGCUGAUGCGCCGUCUGAGUCCUCUGCCCACCCUGCUGGUGAUCCGUGCCUUCAUGCCCCAGAAGCGGUGCAAAGAUUACCGCGUGGUGGUGCUCGGCUCUUCCGGCGUGGGCAAGAGCGCGCUGGUGCAGAGAUGGGUGCGCGGCACCUUCCGCGACAACUACCUGCCGACCAUCGAAGACACCUACCGCCAGGUGAUGAGCUGCAACAACAGCGUGGGUGCCCUACACAUCACCGACACCACUGGCAGCCACCGCUACCCUGGCCUGAAGCGCCUGGCCAUUGCCAAGGGCCACGCCUUCAUCCUGGUCUACUCCGUUACCAAGAAGCAGACCCUGGAGGAGCUGAAGGCCUUCUAUGAGCUGAUCCGCGAGAUCAAAGGUACCAACAUGCAGAAGUGCCCGAUCGUGCUGGUGGGUGCCAAAUGCGAUGAGAGCCGCCGCGAGCUGACCAUGAGAGAUGGGGCCAUCUACGCGCUGGAGUGGAAUUGCACCUUCGUGGAGACCUCUGCCAAGACCGACUUCAACAUCAAGGAGCUGUUCUUCAUGCUGCUGAACCACGAGAACAAGCCCGCUGCCUGCCUCCAGCUCCCCCACAAGAAGUCCGCCAAGGCCAACGAGAAGCUGCUGGGCAAAUGCAUUAUCAUGUAAAAUGCCAAUCGAAGGUGCCCAAUCUGUCUCCUUACAGCGUGCUGACAACAAGAACCAAUCCCAGUGUAACCUGUUACCCCUACACGAUUGAUUAUGUGCUGUGAUUUGGAUUGUAACAAUUAGAUGUCAAUAAAUGUUCCCUGUAAAAUAAUAAUAUUUCUUUCUCCCACGUAAAAUAAUCCAAAUGGUUGAAACCUUGACACAGGAGCAGAAAAGAAGGAACCAGAUGCGUCAUAAGAAUAAAGCAUGGACAGAGAGUCUCUAGAGAAAUGUUUUCGAUGGAAAAAGAAGAUGGUGAAAUGAACUGAAAGAUACCACAUCCCUCGUGUAAUCCUAUGAUUGUGUAUUAUGUUUAAACACUUCAAAUCCUGUCAAUCUAAUUGUAUUCUUUCCAACGUGUACUUAAUUGUUAAGAAAUGUGUUUUCCCAACAAAAGCUGUGACAAAUUGCUGUGAAAGGGUAUACUAAAUCAGAAAUCAAUGACUAUUCUAUGGUUUAUCAUGGGAGUGGGGACAGAGAACAUUGUGCAAGUGCAUUGUGCUUACCAAAGAGGUGAUGAUUGCCUUCUGAGUAAUUUAAAAACGUUUGGAUAUCCUACAUAGAUGUAAAAAAAAAAAAAAAGUGUACCAAUUCUGACUUAAUAAAGCUAUUCCUGCAUGAAA